AGAUUUUAGACUGCUGGUAGAUUUUAGACUGCUGGCUGACUGUAAACUUUGAUAAGAUCUGCCCGUGUCCGCUAGAGACAAGGAAACCACCAUAUGCAACCAUGGGAGCCUUUCAGCUAAGUUUUGUCUUCCUAGCCCUGGUGCUUGCCAGUAGCUGCACUCAGGUGAACAAGAAAUAUCUCAAGAAGAACUCACAUCUUCACGCUAAGGGUGUUCCCUACAGCAGUUUCUAUAAAAAACAAGCGGUGUGUGACGUCGAACAGUUCCACUGCCAUGAUGGUGGCUGUAUCAACGGCCUGUGGGAGUGCGACAUGGACAAAGAUUGUGAGGACGGGUCGGAUGAGCUCAAUUGUCCUACCGACUGUACCGGAGAGCACCAGUUGCAGUGCCACAACGGCUACUGUCUGGCCGGCUACUUCCACUGUGACGGCUACGACGACUGUGGCGACAACAGCGACGAGUUGGACUGCCAUCUCAUCCAAUGCGAGGAGGGUCAGGUCAAGUGCCCCAACCACAGGUGCAUCCAGCUCUCCUGGGUCUGUGACGGUGCCAACGACUGUGGUGAUGGAUGGGAUGAGAGCAACUGCACGUCAGGCUGCAACUUCUACCAGUUUGAGUGUGCUGACCAGUCCAGGUGUAUCCCCCUCUCCUGGCAGUGUGACGGUGGGGCGGACUGUCCUGACGAGAGUGAUGAGAGGAACUGUGUCUGUGACCCAGUGACCCAGUGGCAGUGUGACACGGGUCGCUGCAUCAACAUCAACUGGAGAUGUGACCACGACAACGACUGCGGGGAUCUCUCUGACGAGCUCGGAUGUCCCACGCUUCACCCCAGUAUAUGCAGUGACCUGCUUUCCAUGCGCGCAUGCGCUUUGAUGAACGAGACAACCCACCCGAUAUGUCUGACCUACGAUGACGGCCACAAGUACUGCCGGAAGUACUGCGAUCUGUGUCAAGAUGACGUCACCACGCACACCAUGAAGCUUUAAAUAAAUUAACGCUAAAAUUCCUCGUUGAUCGAGAAAGAACUGAAAUAAGUUGUUUUGAAAAUGUUCUAGCAAAAAACAC